UAGACCUAAAGCUCAAGAAGACUUCUUCUUAACCACACAGAAUGAGAAAGUUAACUCAGCAGUGUUAAACAACAGAUAUGUGAUAAUUAGUCAGCAUGCAGAGAGCAAUACUGCAUUUAGUCUUUUAAAAUUCCAAAUAAGUUAACAUAACCUUGUUAGGAAAUGUCAAGCUGGCAAUUAAUUCCUAGCACUGAGAGCCUUCAUGUAGAGUAUGUUUACAUGAUUACUCUAACAAAAUGUCAUUAGUUUGAAUGAAUGCCAAUCAUCUGAGAGGUGUCUUGUCAACAGUGCAGACCAUGGGAUUCUAAGAUGCUGAAAGCAUGUCGUUCACCAUCUGUAUUGAUUUCCUGACUCCUUACCAUGCAGAGAUGCCUGCGGAAGAUGGAGGGGGACCGAAGAUGUGGUCACUAGCCUGUGAAUAGUGAACUGGAUUACUACCUGUAAUCCAUCAUGUGAUAGAAACGUGUCAUGAGGAAAGGUGCUUAAAACCUGCUGCAAUAGUUAUCCUGCUACAAUUCUGCAGAAGCUGAAGAAGUUGGCUGAUUAGAAAUUACCAAUUGUUGCAUUCAGAGUGGAAAGGUAGGUGUAUGUAAGACAUGUUAAAUGGUAAUCAGCCAGACAUCAGUUAUAACUACGUGUAAACCAGUUGCAAUGCCAUUGGAUCCACUCAACCGAUCACAAAUGAGCAACACUAAAGAGCGAACUUUUCUAGAGGCUGUAGAAAGGGGAGACAAACCAACAGUCAUAAGAUGCCUACAACAACCAAAUCCUGUGAAUGUCAACUGUACAAAUAUGCUUGGGCGAUCCGCUAUCCAGAUUGCAGUAGACAACGAAAAUGUGGAAUUGGUAGAAAUUCUUCUGCACCAGGAAGGGGUGAAGAUUGGAGAUGCUCUGUUGUAUGCUGUUACAGAGGGUGUCUACAAAAUUGUGGAAAUGCUUAUUGAUCAUCCAAGUAUAACCUUGGAAAUGCUCGGACGAGAUUGGUCUAAAGCUCAAAAAGGAUAUGAAGAAAGUUCAGAUUACUCAUCUGACAUUUCACCAAUUAUUUUGGCAGCCCACUGUAACCAAUUCGAGAUACUUCAGUUGAUUCUUCAGAGAGGAGCCAACAUUGAGAUUCCACACAUGUUGUCUUGCUCCUGUCAAGCUUGCCAGGAAAAAGUCAAUGAGGACAGUCUCAGACAUUCCCUGUUCCGUAUCAACUCCUACAAAGCUUUGGCCAGUCCUGCCUGGAUCUCCCUCACCAGCCCUGACCCCAUUCUCACUGCUUUCAAGCUAUCUUGGGAGCUGCAGAAGUUGGCCUUGAAGGAGAAUGAGUUCAAGGACACUUACAUUCAGCUCAAUGACCAGUGUAAAAAGUAUGCAUGUGAUCUGUUGGACCAGUGUCGGAGCAGUGAGGAGGUGAUAGCUGUCUUGAACAGGAGCUCAGAAUCUGAAGAAGAAGAGGAGGAAGAGGAAGACUUGGAAUCUUCUGUCCCAGCUAAGCUCACUCUCUCUCGACUCAAGCUGGCACUGAAGUAUGAGCAGAAACAGUUUGUGUCCCACCCUCAUUGUCAGCAGCUGUUGACCUCGAUCUGGUAUGAGGGUCUCCCAGGAUGGAGGAAGAGGAAUGGCUUGACCAAGUUCCUGCUGUGCAUGGGGCUGAUCCUGAUUGUACCUUUCAUGGCUGUGUACUACCUUAUUUUUCCUCGUAGUAAGAUUGGACAGCUCCUACGUAGUCCCUUCAUGAAAUUUCUCUACCACAGUGCUUCAUUUGGCGUGUUCCUGAUCCUCCUGAUUCUGUGCUCUACCAAUAUCAGUAAUCCCAAUGACAGAGGAAACAUUCGGGGACCUCCACCAUCGGAACUGGAGUGGCUGAUUUUUUUAUGGGUUACAGGAUUUGUAUGGGCAGAGUGUAAACAGCUAUGGGAGGAAGGACUGAAAGCCUACACAAGACAAUGGUGGAACUGGCUGGACUUCAUGAUGCUCUCUCUCUAUCUGGCAACAUUUUGUCUCCGACUUGUGGCUUAUUUGCAAAUUGAAUCUGGUAAAUAUGGUGAAAGGGUUCUCCCUAGAAAAGAUUGGCCUAUAAUGGAUCCCUCCCUUUUCUCAGAGGGACUGUUUGCAGUGGCUAAUGUUUUUAGUUUUUCCAGAAUCAUAUACUUAGCUCAGGCUAAUCAGCACCUAGGACCCCUCCAGAUAUCACUAGGGUGCAUGCUGAUUGACAUUGGGAAAUUUCUGUUUAUAUUUUUCCUGGUGUUGACAUCCUUUGCUUGUGGAAUGACCCAGCUCUACUGGUAUUACUUUAACAGUCGUGUUCCGGAGGACCCAUUAGCAUUUGUAUCGCUUGGUGAGAGCUAUGCUACUCUUUAUUGGUCUCUGUUUGGAAUCACUGCCAAGCAUGACCUCAAAAUCCAGAAUAGUCAAACUUUCACAGAGAUACUGGGCCGAUUGAUGUUCAUGUUGUACCACUGUAUGGCCAUCAUUGUACUGAUCAACAUGUUGAUUGCCAUGAUGUCAAAUUCUUUCCAGACUAUUGAGAACCAUGCGGAUAUGGAGUGGAAGUUUUCCCGCUCCAAGCUAUGGAUGGGUUACUUUGACGAAGGUUCUACGCUCCCUUCUCCAUUCAACCUCAUUAUUAGCCCCAAGUCCAUCUACUAUGCAAUAUGUUAUCUAAAGAACAAGCAUAACAAGUCUGGCAAGGACAAGCCACACUUUAAGGGAACUAAAAGGCGUAUCUCUAUAGGUAGUGUGAAGCCUGUCCCUGCCCCAACACCAAGACGAGAAUUAACGGACGUGAACUCAACAGGAACAAUGGCCCAGACCAGAAUCAUUAUGAAUUCUGAUAAACCGCCUAAAGAGAUGAAGUACAAACCUCCACUACCUACUCAGAGCAGCUUCAAAGAUGAACAUCAUUACCAGGACAUCAUGAGACGACUGGUCAGUAGGUAUAUUCACCAGUUCAAGAAGGAUAGACAAUUAGAUGGAGUGAAUGCUGACGACCUUCUGGAAAUCAAACAAGAUAUUUCCAGCUUAAGGUACGAGUUACGAGAAGACAGGAAGAGGGAGUCGUACCAUUCAGCAAACAUGCUUCAGAGCACGAAGCAAGAAAUCCUCUCUUUGAUACAGGAGUUUAACAUGACCAAUCACCCACGACAAAUCAAGGCUGGGCAAAGUCAGAGUAUUCAGAAUAUCUCCCUGGACAGAGGUCGGAUCAAUGACAAAGGUCAAGUGUUGUCUCCUAGUGAACUGGAGCAGUUGAAAGAGGAUGUGAUUGUUGGAAUUUGCUCCAAACUGCAUGAAAGUCUACAGACUUUACAGGGAGUGGAGAGACUCCCGUCGAUUGAUUCUGAUCUCUACACGACACAUCUCUAUACUCAACUGUAAAAACACGGAGCCUCUUGUGGUACAUUUUGGGUUUUUUUGUCAUUCAGACAUUCCAAACAAAACAAAGAAAUCUGAGGAAUUUUUUAUUCAAUCUAGGUAUUUGUACAUUUUAUAUAAAGUUGACGUGAUAUUUUUUCACAUAGUUUUUAAAACUCUCUCUCUUAAUGAUAGAUCAAACAAAACUGAUACAUCUUAGACAAAAUGUUUCUCCUUAAGAGUAUGAUUUUUCCAAUUUGUAUGAAGGAACACCAGCUGCUUCUCUUUUUUUUUUUUUUUUUUUCUCCAUGUAUUGAAGGUUAAAACUUUUCCAUUCCAUGUACAUACAUUUGUGAAGAAAGCUGAUAGGGGAUAGCAAUCAUGUUUUGAUAUUGUGUUUACUAAUUCAUUUGUAUACCAUAUGAUGUUGAAUUUUCCAGUGUACUAUGGUUCAUGUAAGUAGUAAAAUCUAUUUUCAUAGAAAAUUAUGUAUAAUUGUUGUUAAAAUAUACAUAUGUUUACAUGUUUCUUUUAAUAAAAUAUCAUUUCAUG